CUCGGUUCCGCCUUGUUGUAUGUAAAACUCGCGCGACUUCCGCUUUGAGUGUCAAAUAUGGCCACGUCCAGACUAGAGAUCAAUUUCAUCAGGUUAUUAUCGCGCUGUGAAUCUCUUGCUUCAGAGAAAAGAGGCGAGACAGAAUGGAGACUAGAGAAGUAUGUUGGUGCUCUGGAGGAGAUGCUUGUAGCCCUUAAAAAGAGUUCAAGCAAACCAACACCAGAAAUCCUGACAGACUACAAUCGCAAGGUGGAUUUCCUCAAGGGUCUCUUAGAGGCGGACAAACUGCCAUCUCCAGCAGAGAAGUCUUUAGCGAAUCAGUUUCUGGCUCCUGGACGAACGCCUACGAUAUCCAGCGAGAGAACGCCGGCGAGUAAGACGGUGCACAUGCAGAGUAAAGCGCGAUGUGCUGAAGAAAUGAGGAAGGAACUAAUGAGCACCGGUGCGUCAAGUUCCGGUUUAUUCGAGACUGAUCUCAGACACAGAAAGAGUUUUCCCGUAGACGAGCGACAGUCGGCGACAGAGCUGGACGCUAUUCUACAGCAUCAUAACAGUCUUCAGGAGAAACUAGCCGAUGACAUGCUGAACCUCGCUCGCAACCUGAAGAACAACUCACUCGCGGCCCAAAACAUCAUAAAGCAGGACAACCAGACCCUCACUCAAUCCAUGCGUCAGGCCGACAUGAACUUCGAGAAGCUGAAGACGGAGUCGGAGCGCCUGGAACAGCACGCCAAGAAAUCCGUCAACUGGUUCCUGUGGCUGAUGCUGAUCGUUGUCUCCUUCACGUUCAUCAGCAUGAUCCUGUUCAUAAGACUGUUCCCAAGACUCAGAUGAUGUUAGUCACCAGUAGAACUGCUAGAUUUAAUUUAUCUAUAACAGCAAGUUUACAUAUAGAUACUAGCCAAGGGUUAUAGAGUUGACUGACAUCCUCAUUCUCUUGUCGUCAUUCCCGUGAAAAUGUACAUCACCUGCAUGCCAUUGUGAUGUCAUAAUGAAUGAGUUGGAUCCCUGUGACGCAGAUCAUUCUAAUUAACAUCCUAAACGAACCCCCCAGUAUUUGUUUGGCCAUGUUGAUGUUCGUUAAAACGAGCGUUAAGUAAACUAAAUCAAUCUGUCGUUUAAUUUACAACUCGUGUAAUCUGACGACUAAUGCUCUUCUGCUAAUUUUGAGAUGCACAUGACCGAAUUGUCACUAUGUCCAACAUAAAGGUUCUGUUUAAUAUAAUAGCCUUUUUGACAGAUAUGAGCGUUUUGAGACGCUUAAAAUGACUGAAAGUUUCAUCUGAUUUAAUCUCAAGUAUGAACACUAAAAACGAACCAAGCUGUUUUAAGGUCCAGUCGACUUGUCCAGGCUUGCCGUGUCAAUCAGGAAAUGUUCUGGCAAGCAGCAGGAAGUAUUUUUGCUAGUCGGAAGCACAGAUGGAUACUGUCUUCUCCACCCAGAGAGUAAAUGCCCCAUAUUUAGCUGCUAUAUCUAUUUGUGCUUGUUCCCUAUAUAGCACAUGGAGCGUUAAGUAUUGCUCGGAUCUGGUUAAUGUGUUUGUUCAACUGUGUAGCUCUUUUAAUGGAUCUAUUGAUGUUCAUUUCAAAUGGAAGGUCAUUGAUUGUUUAUGUCCUUGUGCUUCUGUGCGCUCCUUUAAUUGAUUCACAUCAACAUCUGUGAAGAAAAAACAUUAUUUUAAUAAAACAAUCUGCAAUCCUCUUA